AUGGCGAACCUUCAACCUCAGGGCGGAGGUCCCGACCCAAGAUUCCGUGCAAGGUCACCCAGCUUUGGAAGUGGAGACGAUAGAUAUUUCGACGGUUCGGGGGGGCUCCAGCAGCGGAACGGCGAAGACUUCUACAAUCCCAAUUUCUACGAUCGCAGAAAUGAGGGCGCGGCUUCACCCCCGGCUGCUUCGGCCUAUGGAGCGCCGCCGUCAAAUAUGGCUCUUUCGCAGCAGUCCCAAUACGUUCCCACUCCCCCAGCGCACUCGAGCGGCUACCAGCCGAUGUACUAUCCCCAGAACUCGACCACUCUUCCCACCCAGCCGAACAUUCCACCCCCUCCUCCUCGUCAGCCUUAUGGCGCCACUGGCCUUCCAGGCAAUCUUCAGGCGGGGAGCUCUAGGCCGCUUCCAGGUCUCCCUACUGGAUUGCCAUCCCAUCCCAAGGUUGGUUACAACCCAGGCAAUCAUCUCGGCCGUACGAUGUCCAUUGUGACUACCACAUCUCCAACUCAAUAUCAACAAUACGUUCCACAGUCGCCCACUGUGAAUGCCCCGUCGUAUGCAUCAGCAUUUGCUAAUUCCCAAUAUGGUGCAUCUGGUGCGAAUCGACCAUACAAUCCCGCUUUAUAUGGCUCGAACGUUCCACCUCCACCUCCACCUCCCCCACAGCGCCAUGGUACUGUAUCAGGAGGCUAUUACCAGCACCAACAGCAGCAUCAAUUACCCCAGCCCCCACCGCCCCCGCCACUUCUGCAAAACCAGCAGACAUAUUCGACAUACUCCAAUUCAACAACGGGUGCUCCUGCAUACCAGCAACUGCAUUACCACCAAGCCACGCAGCAGCAGCAUCAGCAACCCGCCGACCAGUAUACUAAUGGAGAGCAAGGCAAUUGGGACUAUGAAGAUAAGGACCAGGGUGACUACAAAGCUAGCCCCGGGCAGCGUUAUGGAUCGACUUCUUCUCAAGGUCCUCAGUCCCCAAACUACUACGACAAUCAGAGUACCCCACCUUCACACCACUACCAAAGCUAUCACAAUGAAGGAGGCGAAUACAGCAACCCACUCCCAACCCCACCUCCACCUCCAAAAUCUCAUUCACCUCACGUCGACUCUCAGUAUGGCGGAUCAAACGGACAGCGUCUGAACCGACCUCAAUACAGUACGGGCAAUGAAGACUCGCUACCGAGCCUUCCAUCUCAUGGGCCAUCAGACACAACCGAUCGUCAAAAAAUGGAGGAGGAUGCAAGAGAAGCUCUGUACGCUGAUAUAGAGAAUCUCGUCUCUGGAACCGGGCCGCCAUCCGGAAGAAGCCAAGCUCCGCCCUCUGCUUCACAAUUCUCGCCUGACGUUGACCUCCUCUUCCAGAGGGCAGGCGCUCAGCAUCCCGGCAAUACAGACGAGGGCGGAUUACCUUAUCCAACAUACGCACCCGGUGGCAAUAGCAGCGAUGAAGCAGCUGCUGCCUGGGAAGCAAUGCGUGCGGACGAAUACCGGGAAACACAAGAUAAAAUAACCAACGGUCAUGUUGCAACUUUACCACCAGACCAGGACCAAGAACCACUUUCUGAGGUUUUGGAUAUGCCCAUGGAUCUUAGUGGUUUCUCGGGUAUGGGAUUUUACGAUCGCUAUGAUGACGAACCUUCUUUCCCGAGCUUCAAACCAGCCGGUCAGGACAACGUCGCACCUGUGCUCCCCAGUCAUAAAGGGUCUACGGAUCUAGGUAGAAGUGAUACCAUGAACACGGUGAACACGGUGACGACUUUGAAUACUGUAACCACGAGUGGUGAUCUGAAUCGGAGAGAUACAACGAGUACCACUGCUACUGGUAACUCAACCCUCUAUGGCGACUAUGUUUACCCUAACCCCGAGUUCGAUGAUGGCCUACAUCCCUUCGCCCCAUUCUCGUCCGCCGCCGCCAGGGUUGACACCUUUGGUACUGGUGGAUUGGCAAACCCAGAGAGACGAAACAGUUUUCAAGAAGGUGAUGAAUACGAAGGUUUUGCUACUGGUCCUGUUAAGACCGUUAUCACUGCUGAUGAGAGCGAUGAGGAUGACGUAUAUCCCGGUUUCAUGGAACCGUCAUUUUAUCCCACCCCUAGCUACGAGUUGAACCGAACCAAGUCCGAUAGCAACGCUGCAGGAGAGGGUUACCUCCCAGUCAACCCAGACGCCCGCCUAAAAAGUAGUUUGAGUCUUAACUAUCCUCACACAAGCACAAGUUCACUUGGUCCUGCCCGAUCAAAAACAGAUGCUUCUGCCCCUCUGAAACCAGCUGGGGCACGGCCUCCGGUUUCGAGACCUGCGGCUAACCGUGCCGCAGUUGCACAAUCCCAGAUCUUCGAUGAGACUGCACUUGGUGCAAUCGACCUUCCUUCCAUCAAAACUCGCAAGUUCGAUCCGGAGAAGCUGUCGAGUAAAGAUUUCAAGAAGUGUGAAGAGGCUUGGGCUAUCAGCCAGAUUUUUGCUUGGCUACAGACGAUAACCGAGGGCGAGGAGUUUUUGAAGGAGAAGGGUAUUGCGGAGGCAAUAGUUGCGUUAUUCACACACAAAGUCCCCACGAUGAACGUUGCCGACGCAGAGACACUAGCCACCCGGGUGCUGAAAACCCUUUGGGAGAACGACUGCUUGGUUAGGGACGAAGAGUGGGUCAAAUGGAAUGCCGAUCGGGAAGUAUCCGGCGUUAUCUUCCAGAUUUCUGGCCGUGGAUGCUACGCACCAAGGCUUCAUGCCGACGAUAGCGAAGAACUCCCAGACACACCCGGAAGAUGUUACUCUCACCUUUGUGCCCGCACCCUCAAGAAGAUAUCUCUAUCCGCUCAUCCCGAAGAUAGGGAGAAGAAGAAGGAAGAUUGGGCUACUUUCUGGCAACUCAAGGCUACUGAUGUCGAAGGCGUUAACAAAAAGGAAGUUGAGAGACAGAACAAUCUUCACGAAGUCGUUCAAACCGAGCAAGAAUAUCUCGACCAUAUGCGAGUUCUUCGGGUUGUGUAUCAUGACCAGCUCCAGAUCGUGCAGAAGCAAAGCCAAGUUAUCAAACCGAAGAAUUUUGAUCAAUUCAUGAAGGAUGUUUUUGGCAAAGCUGAAGCUGUUCGAAAAUCCAAUGAGGACCACUUGCUACCCCAGCUUAAGUUCCGCCAGCGAGAGCAAGGUCCAUGGAUCGUCGGAUUCAGUGACAUCUUCCGGGAGUGGAUCCGAAGAGCCAAGCCAGCCUAUAUCGAAUAUGCUGCCGCCUUCCCAUGGGCUGAUGCCGUCCUUCGCCACGAAUCCGAAAAAAAUAUUCUAUUUCGACGAUUUCUCGAAGAGUGUCGGCAAGAUCCACGAGCUAGUCGUCUUGAAUGGCAGCAUUUCCUAAAGAAUCCAAUUACGAGAUUGCAGAGAUAUGGCCUAUUGCUACAGACCAUUUUGAAACAUUCGCUCAAGGAAGGUGACGAGAAGGUUUCCCUCCAGGCAGCGAUUGAUGAGAUCAAAGCCGUAACACUCGAGUGUGACGCUAGGGUUGAUGAGAUGACAAAGAGAGUCACACUUGCAGAUCUUGGAAGAAAACUCGUUAUGAGACCGGGAAUGGUUGUGGACCUUCGUCUUGAAGAAAAAGGUAGAGAGGUCAUCUACCAAGGCGACUUACAAAGAACCGGGAACCGGUUUACAUGGCUUGAAACCCAUGCCAUUUUAUUCGAUCAUUAUCUGGUCUUAGCGAAGACUGUCACAAGAAAGGAUGUGGCUGCCGGCCCUGGAAAGAACAAACACGAGAAAUACGAUGUAUCCCGAAUGCCAAUACCUAUGGACCUUCUCGUUAUUGAAGACUCUGUAAAUGAUGCACCAGUCGUCAAGAGUAGCGUAAAGAUCAUCGGUCCCGCCACGAAGCAAGUUCACGCUGGACCUGGUCAACGUCCUAGUAUACCAAAUUCUUCUACUCCCGGACCUAACAACCUUACUCAUACCCAAACCUCUACAUCGAUUGGCUCCGUGAAUUCGCCCGCAUGGGAUGCCAAGGACAAAGAUAACGUAAUGUAUCCCUUCCGGAUCCGACAUCUCGGAAAGGCAUACAAGGGAGAGGAUAACACAUACACUUUGUACGCUCCAUCAGCGGCUGCCCGAGCUGAUUGGGUAGAGAAAAUUAUCCUGGCGAAGGAGCGCCACGCCGCAUCGCUUUUCAGGCAAAAUGCGGAACCAUUCAGGAUCAGGAUCAUGUCGGAUUCCGCUUUUGGUUACGAAGCCGUUUCGGGUGCUGCCAGUCCCAAGGAUGUCAACAUCCGCGGUACACCGUUAGAUAGAGCUAUCAAGGAGGCUGAGUCGCUCUACUCUGGUCCAAAACCUGCUGUCCUAACGAGGGCUCAAGUUAACUGCGCCACCACCUUCCACACUGGCAUGGGAUACGGAAAACAAAUGGUGGCUAUCGGAACAGACGCAGGUGUUUAUAUCUCUGACUAUGAGAACCCCCGUGGGUGGACAAAGGCUAUCAAUUCUAUUGCCCGCGUCACCCAGAUUGCAGUGCUAGAAGACUUCAGUCUCUUCCUUGUCCUCGCCGACAGGACAUUAAUUGCAUAUCACUUGGAUGUAGUUGUCCCACCUGCUGGAGGUGUUCCGGUUAGCGAAUCCGCCAAACGAGCGCCACAGAAACUGUCUGGUGGCAAAGAUGUUGGUUUCUUUGCCACAAGUCGGAUGAAAGAUCGAAUGCUUGUGUUCUACAAGCGCAAAGAUGGCUUGAGCUCGACAUUCAAGGUUCUAGAGCCCGUAUUUCAUAAGGCCACAGAACGCAAGAGUCGAUUCUCAAGAAGAGGAACAACAGAGUUCUUCCGUGAGUUUGACGAGUUUUACAUUCCAACUGAGUGUUAUGGAAUCAGCUUGUUCCACUCUUCGCUUUCGAUUCACUCUUCUAAAGGUUUCGAAGUUAUGACACUAGACAAGAAGCAACCAUGGUCUAUUCCGGAGCUCAAAGCGCCCCACGUACAGGCUAUUGCUCUCAGGGUUGGUAACCAAAGGCCACUUGGCAUGUUCAGGUUAUCAGAUAUUGAAUUUUUGCUAUGCUACGAAGAAUGCGGUGUCUACGUCAACAAGCACGGUGAUGUUUCUCGUAGUGUCAUCAUGGAGUUCGUCGGCAAAGCCAAAGCUAGUGCACAUUACCCGCCUUAUGUACUUCUCUUCGACCAAGACUUCGUGGAAAUCAGGAAUGCAGAUAACGGCCGAUUGCGUCAAGUCAUCGCCGGACGCGACGCAAGGUGCCUCGAUGAUGGCCAAGGCGGUGGGAGUGCUGGCCAACGUACUAUCAAGUUGGCUAUGGUUCAUCCCGAGAUCGAUACCCGGCAGGUCGUUGUCGAGUUGCAGUUGAAUGAGGGACAAAAGGAUUAA